AUGCUCUACUCCAUCAUUUUGUCCAGUGCCGCGCUGGCCACCACUGUUUCGGCAGCCUGUGACCGAGCUAUGCUCGAGGAAGCCGCUGCAGCCUAUGUCAAGGCGCAGGCCGGGGGCGACCCCAGCCUCCUCCCGCUGGCGGACGACUUCAAAUACAUCGAGAACGACGCCGAAGUAGACAUCAAGGAUGGCGUCCUAAGCAAGGCCGUCACCAUCGACCUAGACAGGAGCAUCUAUGACACGACCGAGUGCAUCGCCUUUACCGAGCUCUCAGCUGCCACCAACAGCGAGCCGUACGUGAUUGACACGCGUCUCGUCUUUACGGACGACAAGAUCACGUCCAUCGAGUCCAUCGUCGCCCACGAGGGAGACUGGGCGUUCAACGCCGCCGGCCACCUCCGAUGGGCUACGCAGGAGAAGUGGGAUCCCAUCCCGGAAGCUCAGAGGGACACGCGCGAAGUCAUCCAGGCGGCCGGAGACGCCUACCUCGACAGCUGGGGCGACGGAUCCGUAUCGGUACCGUACGGCACCCCGUGCGCCCGGCUCGAGGGCGGCAUUUACACCGGCCAGAGCAACGCCAACGGCAACACGUGCAAGAUGCCCGAGUUCCCCAAGCCUUUCUCGGCCGGCAACCGCCGCUACGUCAUCGACGAGGAGCUCGGUGCGGUGGACAUCUUCAACGAUUUCCCCUUUAUCGACAAGACCAGGCCGGAUGGGACGCCAAGCACCAAUUUCUUGCGCGUCGAGGGAGGGAAAAUUCGGUAUAUCCACGAGACGACGGUCUGUGGGACCAAGAAUUGUGGGAGGUGA